AUGAUGCAUUCUUUUUAUAGUAAAAUUUUGGAACAAUCCGAUAAUAUGGCCAUUUCGUACCCACAGAGUCCAUCACCUCUAGUGGUGGAUAUGGAGCAUAUCCAGAUAUUAAAGCACAUAUGGUCCCAAGUUAAUAUAAAAACUUUGGGUCGAGAUAUUGUCAACAAUUUAUUGAAGUCGUUAAAUAUAUCCGAAAUAUCGCCAUGGCAGAGGCAGGUGAUACGGGAAGAUUAUCAAGUCCUUGAAAUGAUUCACUUCUUGGAAUUCACAGUACAGUUAUUACAAGACCUUCAUAGACCGAAGGUCCAUACUUUGCAUAACCAAAUGAUGGUACAAAUCUGUAAAAUCAAUUCAAGAAUAUUUAAGAUUGGAACAUCUGAGUAUUCUAAACUUGGUGAAUCUUUGACUUUCGCUAUACUAGAACAACUAAACAGAGAAAACUAUUCCACAGAGUCGGAAUGUAUAUGGAAUAGGUUCUAUUCAAAUCUUGCACAAUUAAUGAUAAAUCAUUCGCUUGAGCCAAGGAUAGACUUUAUAAGGAUAAGCAUGCCGUCCAAGCGGUCCAGCUUGGAUGUUAAUUCACGAGCAUAUCUAAGAAGUAAUAGCAACAUCUCGAACGUUACAGAAUUGUCAAGACUUUCAUUAAUAGCUGGUGAUGAUAACUCUUCUGAAGGAAGCGUUACGCUGGAUACAACAACAAAGGAGUUAAUAUUGAGUGGAGAAAGUUGCUCCACACUUCAUGAAUUCAGUGAAGAAUUUGUACCAGACAUAAUUGGUAAAGAUUUUGAUCAGCAUAGUGAAUAUCCAGUAAAUUCUAAUCUUAGUAUUAGAAGAACCAAUACAAAUAUGACAGAUGCAUACGAUGAUGGCACUGACAAUUUCAAUAACAGUAUAGAUGAAACGCAAUCUAUCUUCAGUAAUGUCAUUGACGAGCUGCAACAGGAUGAAGAGGAAGAAGACGACUCUUUUGAUUAUUUGAAUUCCUUUGCAGAAGAUGUAACUAAGUCCAAAAAGAAUAAGAAGAAGAGCCAAAAGGAAUCCAAGAAGGCAAAUAAUAAUAAUUUAACUGACUUACUGGUGAAACGAUCACAAACUAAUCAAUUGGUGAAAACCGAUACUCGCCGCUCGUUAAUGAAAAUGAAUUCAUUCAUAGGAGACAAUAGACUGGAAACUAGAACUUUGCGUCAUUAUUCAUCGACACAAUCAAUGCAGCCUUUGUCAGUUUCUAGCAAGGAAUUACCUUCAAUUUCAACUACCGCCAAAACUGGUAGGAGAAGAUUGUCAAUGAAUUUAAUGAGACAAUCGAUUGACCUCAGACGCAUUCCUAGCACACAGUCUAUGAUAAGCGAAGACCAAGGAUCCAUAAUAUCGAAAUCCCAGCCCAAUAAGGAAUGUGUUAUAGCUUAA